CGUGGGUGGCGAAGGAUGGGCCCGCGCGGCGCGGCGAGCUGGCCCCGAGGCCCCGUCCCGCGGCGGCCGCUGCUCCCCGCCGUCUCCCCGCCGCUGCCGCUGCUGCUGCUGCUGCUGCUGCCGCUGCCGCCGGGCUCGGGCGCCGGGGCGCGCCGGCCCCACCUCGUCUUCGUGCUGGCGGACGACCUGGGCUGGAACGACGUGGGCUUCCACGGCUCGCACAUCCGGACGCCGCGGCUGGACGCGCUGGCGGCCGGCGGGGUGCGCCUGGACAACUACUACACGCAGCCGCUGUGCACGCCGUCGCGGAGCCAGCUGCUCACCGGCCGCUACCAGAUCCACACGGGUUUACAGCACCAAAUAAUCUGGCCUUGUCAGCCCAGCUGCGUUCCUCUGGAUGAAAAACUCCUGCCCCAGCUUCUAAAAGAAGCAGGCUACAUUACCCAUAUGGUCGGAAAAUGGCACCUGGGAAUGUAUCGGAAAGAAUGCCUUCCAACCCGCAGAGGAUUUGAUACCUACUUUGGCUAUCUCCUGGGUAGUGAAGAUUACUAUUCCCACGAGCGCUGUACAUUAAUCAAUGCUCUGAAUGUUACUCGAUGUGCUCUUGAUUUUCGAGAGGGUGAAGAAGUAGCAACAGGAUAUAAAAAUAUGUAUUCAACAAACAUAUUUACCAAAAGGGCUACAGACCUCAUAGCUAACCAUCCACAAGAAAAGCCUCUGUUUCUCUACCUUGCUCUCCAGUCUGUCCAUGAACCCCUUCAGGUCCCUGAGGAGUACCUGAAGCCAUAUGACUUCAUCCAAGAUAAAAACAGGCAUUACUAUGCAGGAAUGGUGUCCCUUAUGGAUGAAGCAGUGGGAAAUGUCACCGCAGCCUUAAAAAGCCAUGGACUCUGGAACAACACAGUGUUCAUCUUCUCCACAGAUAAUGGAGGGCAGACUUUGGCAGGGGGUAAUAACUGGCCCCUUCGAGGAAGAAAAUGGAGCCUAUGGGAAGGAGGCGUUCGAGGAGUGGGCUUUGUGGCAAGUCCCUUGCUGAAACAGAAGGGUGUGAAGAACCGGGAGCUCAUCCAUAUCUCUGACUGGCUGCCCACUCUCGUGAAGCUGGCCAGGGGAAGCACCAAUGGCACCAAGCCUCUGGACGGCUUCGACAUGUGGAAAACCAUCAGUGAAGGAAGCCCAUCCCCCAGAGUGGAGCUGCUGCAUAACAUCGACCCAAACUUUGUGGAUGUCUCACCAUGUCCUGGGAACAGCAUGGCUCUAGCAAAGGAUGAUUCUUCUCUUCCAGAAUAUUCAGCCUUCAACACAUCUGUCCAUGCUGCAAUAAGACACAGAAACUGGAAACUCCUCACAGGUUUCCCAGGCUGUGGUCACUGGUUCCCUCCACCAUCUCAACACAACGUUUCUGAGAUAACCUCCUCAGACCCACCGACCAAGACCCUUUGGCUCUUUGAUAUUGAUCAGGACCCAGAAGAAAGACAUGACCUGUCGAGAGACUAUCCCCAUGUUGUCAAGCAGCUCCUGUCUCGCCUGCAGUUCUACCACAAACACUCGGUGCCUGUGCACUUCCCGGCACAGGACCCCCGCUGUGACCCCAAAAGCACGGGUGCUUGGGGCCCUUGGAUGUAGGAGUUUGGGCAGCUCAGGGGGCCGGUGGGGGGCAAGAAAACCUUUCUGUUGCAAGCUGGACCUCAGUCCUUCACUCCUGUGAGUCUUGUUAAUUUUCUCCCAAUCUGGGUUCACCUGACCCUUAUUCUAAACCACACUGAGGUGUCUCAUUUCAACCCCUAGUGCAUUUAAGAACCUGGUAAAAUCUGAAACACUCCACUUAUGGCUGGGGCAUGUGUGCCGAGGAGAGGUGGGCUGGUUCACCACUCUGCUGAGCUGUGGGACAGCUGGGAACUGCACUUGACCUGGGAAGUCCUCAUUGAGUCCUGGAGGCUGGAGCAGCUGGCUCUUUUUGUCUCACACGUCAGAUGUUAGAUUUCCUUCUGCCAAUAGCUGGUUUUUAUUGGAAUGACUUGCAUUUUUUGUAACAAAUGAAGAGAGCAGACAGUUGUUAAUGGUUCUCUUAGCCAGGGGUCCUCCCUGUCUGUGCAGGUUCCCGUGCAGGCGUCCCGUGUGAGUGACACCCCCUCAGUUCACCCUCGUCACUCAUCUUGUCACGGAGCAUAAGGCCCCUUUCUUGUUAAGAUCAGCAUGGCAGUAUGCCUAUUUCUUGGUUUUGGUUUUUAUAAUGAAAUGUAUUUUUAUCCCAAGUUUUUUUCCCCAGCCAUUUCUCAUUAUGCUACCCCCAGCUUCCCUGCAGUUAUUUUCCUCCCCUUCCUUUUGACUCAGGUGCCCUGUGCCUAGGAGGGCUGCUUGGCCCGUCCAUCUGAGCACCACUGAUCUGGAGGCACUGCUGGGGCUGCCUUCCUUUUGCUCCUAAUGCUGAAGCCAGAGGCCUGCCCAGAGGAGGUGAUGGCUCUGUGAGCAGGUUCAUGGUGCACAUGAAGAGAGCUAGGUGGGGGCACUUGGACAUGUCUCAGCUGUUUGGUGAGGUUUUUUUUUUCUAGUUGCAUAGAGUUUAUUGUCAUGAAUGUGUGACUUUGUCUCAUAAUAUAUUGAGUUGCACUGCUGUUCGCUAGCAAUGAGGAGAAACAAAAUUAACACCUGAUAAUUUUGUCCCAAAAUGAGGGAAGAGGGAAAUUUGAAGGGAUAGGGCCAGAAUGUGGGAUACUGGGCAUUGGUAAGUCAAAGGAGAGUUCAUCCACAUUUCUCUUAAUCUCUCAGUGUUACUGCUGCAUUGAACUUGUGGGAUUGGGGAAAGUGGAUGCACAGUUUGACCUUCCAGCCCUUUCUCAGUGCCUCUAAUGAUGUACUAAUAUGAAUCAGUUCAGAUUAGCUCCAAAGAAUGUCAAAUUCAGAGAAAAAUGUGCAAGAAUGACACCUUUUUGCAUUAGCUCCACUUUUUCAUUGGCCUGUGUAAGGGGCAGGACAGGACACAGUGCAGGUUUUCUGAUCCCAUGCAGACCGGGUAAAGGAGGAGUCAGAGUCCUCAGUAGUUUUGCAAGUUUUUUAUUGGGGUUCACCAGGCAUAUGGCAGGCAGGGGUGCUGGCUGGGGGGCUGGGAGGCUGACAGGCCUCUCAGCCCCCAGCAAGUCUUCACUCUAGCUGGGCUCUCUGGCGUUCGUUCUGCUGCUUCUUGGCUUCUGCUUCUGCUGCUGCUGCUGCUGGCGUCCCCGUGACGCCGCCCUUAAAAGCACAGUCUUAGCUCAGCUGAAUCCCAUCUACCUAUGCCCACACCCUAUUCCAGGUGCCCGCCAUCAGGCAUGCAUUCAGGACAAGGAUCCAUCAUCUAUCCUGAUGGCGGAAGGGCAGAAAAGCCUGACAUUUUCUUUACCCUACAGCCUGCUUAUCCACAAUGCCUAACUCAGUACCUGCUACAGAGAAGUCGCUUGGUAUACUUUUUUAAGUAAAUGAAUGAAUUGGCAGAUGAAUAAAUGAAAAGGCCUCACACCAUGAAAGACGCUAGUCCAAUGAGCUGAAUACUGUGAUAAUAUGUCUCUUCCUACCACUGCUUUUCUGUUCUCAAGCGGAAGCACAGACUACAUAUCAGGGCAGUAAUAGGACACUCUGGGGUGAAGUUGUGAUGUCUUCUCUGGAUGAGGGCCAGGGAGAAAUAUACUAACCGUAGAUACUGUUUUGCUAAUAAUCCUCAGUUCUAUUUUUCAUAGAACACUAGAACCUAAAACCACCAAGUAAGAUGAUAUAGCCAGCCCUUCAAUUUAGCAGCACUAUUUUCUGGUCACUACUAACUUUCAUUAAAAUAAGAUGAUUGGAAGGAAAUGGUGCUAGAACUAGAAACACCUGUUAACUUACCUUUACCCCAUUCCUGGGUUGGCAAACCACUGGCCAAAAUGCCAUCGUCUCUCAUGCCCAAGCCUGUGGUAGAUAUAUGAACUGAGUGCACAUGUUCCUUCUGGUUCCUUCCAAUCCCACGGCUGUGAGAUUGUAGGUAAACCAUCACUACAUGACACCUCUUUGCUCUCUCUGCUGGACUCCCAGUAACUGUCCCCAAUUCUAAUUCCUUGAUUGCCAUCUUCAAUGUAAAUGUUCUGCACUAAAUGGGUUUAAAAAGAGUUUUAAAGAGUAAAUUUUUGUGAAACUUUUGAGAUUUCAUUUUAUCCAUAAUAGAAGUAUCUCACUAGAUUUUCUUAUUCUGUACUGGAAUGUGAGCAGGUGCACGUAUUGUCAUGAGAAGAAUUAAGUUGUUCUUUUCUGAAUUUGUUUACCUUUAAAGAAGGUGUUAUUUGUUUAAUUAUGAGAUAGUUUUUCUUCAUUACUACAUGAGUGUUACAUAUUUGGAGGACCAAAAAAAUUUAAAUUUUCUUUUAAAUUGUGUCAGCCAUGAGUAUGGGGUUUCCACUUGGGGUGAGCAAAAGUUCUAGAAAUAUAUAGCGGUGAUGGUUGUACAAGAUCAUGAUGCACUUAAUGUCCCUGAGUUGUACCUUUUAAAAUGAUUAAAAUGGUAACUUAUGUCAUAUGGUUUUUGCCACAACUUUUGAAAUGUGUCAGCCAAAUUUAUAGUAAAUGACUCAUAGCUCAAUAAAGCUAUUUAAUGAAUAUUACAAACAUAUCAGAGCUAAAAUAAUGUGUUAGUCAUUAUCCUCAAAAUACAAAUUAUAAACUAAAAUACUGGAGAAAUGUCAGGAGUGAAUAUAAAGUGAUAAUAAAAGAGUAUAUUAGUUCCCUAUUGCUGCAUAACAAUUUACCCGCAAAAUCUAGCAGCUUAAAACAAUAAGCACUCACUAUUCCACACAUUACAUGAAAUUAUUCCACACAUUAUAUCAAAACUUUAUGAAAGUAGUUUAGCUGUGGUGCUCAGGAUUUAAGAGAUUGUGAUCAAGCAAUUGGCCAGGGCUGCAGUCAUCUGAAGGCUUGAUUGGAGUUGGAGGAUCCACUUCCAGAAUGACUUACUCACAAGGCUCUUGGCUGAAGGUCUCAGUUCCUUGCCCACUGGGACCCUCCAGAGCUGCUCGAAUGUCUCACACAUGGCAGAUAACUUCCAACAGAGCAAGUAAUUCAGAGAGAGCAAAAGGGAGCUACAGUGACCUUUCUGACCUGCUUUCCAAAGUUUUACACUUCCUUAAAGACAAGUCAGAAAAUCCAGACCAUAGGCUAGGGGAAUAGCAUCAGCCCCACCUUUUGAACAGAGUGUCAGGUUUGUGGGGACUUAAUUGUCCAAUCAAGUCCACAUGCAUUUAUUAAAUGCUGUGAUUGGAAGAGAGAGUAGAAAAAAGCAUCUAACUGCUAUUUACAAUGACCAUGAACAAAUCAUGCAACCCUCCCUCUGCCACAGUUAUUUUUCCUUGUGAAGUAAUUGAUUGAAAUAGAUAAGCCCUAAAUUCUGUUAUCUCCCUAGUGUCCAAAACAGUGCCUGACACAUGCAACAUAGUCAAUAAAUGUUGAUUGACUCUCAACAGAAUGAAUGCCAAUGCAACAAUGUUAAAUAAUGUGUAAAAUGUAGUCUGUGUUGGGCUCCAUCCUAAAAAAGCACUCAUUUUCUAAAAUUAUUAUAACAAAAACUAAUUUUUGAGGAUUCAUUUAUGCCAGGCAUUGUUUAAAAUGGCAAAUUUUGUGUCAUAUGUGUAUAUAUGUAUAUAUGUAUAUGUAAUGUACAUGAUAACAACAUGCAUAAACAAUUGUAUCAGGGAAAUUCUUAAUCAGGAAGUUCAGAGACAAGUAAAAACCAGCAGAAAGAAUGGGUGGGCAGGCUCCGGGUCCUCUAACCUACUCUAACCAAAGUAGCUGCCCUUGUAUUUCUUUUAUAGAUUGGUGUUCCAUGUAAGACAAUUGUUUAAUGGUGAUAGAAGUUGACAUAGUAUUUUUGUUGGGGGAAAAGGACAUUGCCUAUAGCAGGACAUGUUGAAGCCUUGGGUAGUCCAGAGAAUCCUCUGAAUCUUGAUCUGAGUCAUCUUUACUUGCUGUGCCCAAAUGCAAAAAUUUACUGAAUACUCAAGUUAUUCACUUUACAGUUUAUAUUAUACCUGACUACAGAGUACUUUACAACAAACAAACAAAACACUUGCCCUUAGAGCAAAAGAGCACCACAUGUUUCUCUCACAUAUUCUCAGCAUGUGCUUCUUGUCGGACAGGCACGUAAAUAAAAACAUUUUCAAUGCUGCGAGGAAAGUCACUGUUAGAAGAAACCUUUUUGUGAAUCCUUUUGUAAACACAAUUGUAGGUUUUUAUAUUUGACAAAACCUGAAUACACGUGUAGCAUCCGCAAGGCAUGGAGCAGGUUCUCUGUUGAUUCAGAC